AUGUCCCACGAGAAGAGUUUCCUGGGGCCGUACCCCCCCCCCGGGCCGUACCCCCAGGGGCCCUACGGGCAGCCCCCCUACGCCCAGCCCCAGCCCAUGGUGCCCGGAGACCAGGACUCCCCCCUGCACAGCACCUACCACGAGGACGGGCCCCCCUCCUACUAUGACAACCAGGACUUCCCCUCGGCGCACUGGGACGACAAGAGCAUCCGGCAGGCCUUCAUCCGCAAGGUGUUCCUGGUGCUGACGCUGCAGCUGACCGUCACCUUCGCCUUCGUCACCGUCUUCACCUUCGUGAGCGGCGUGCGGGGCUUCGUGCAGCGCAACGUGUGGACGUACUACGUGUCCUACGCCGUCUUCUUCAUCUCCCUCAUCGUCCUCAGCUGCUGCGGAGACUUCCGCCGCAAGCACCCCUGGAACCUCGUGUCCCUGUCCAUCCUGACCGUCAGCCUGUCCUACAUGGUGGGGAUGAUCGCCAGCUUCUACGACACCGAGGCCGUCAUCAUGGCCGUGGGCAUCACCGUCGUCGUCUGCUUCACCGUCGUCAUCUUCUCGCUGCAGACCAAGUACGAUUUCACCUCGUGCCGGGGCGUCCUCAUCAUCUGCCUGGUCGUGCUCAUCCUCUUCUCCAUCCUCUGCAUCUUCAUCCGGAACCGCAUCGUGGACAUCGUCUACGCCUCGCUGGGGGCCCUGCUCUUCACCUGCUUCCUGGCGGUGGACACGCAGCUGAUCCUGGGGAACAAGCAGCUGGCGCUGAGCCCCGAGGAAUACAUCUUCGCCGCGCUCAACCUCUACACCGACAUCAUCAACAUCUUCCUCUACAUCCUCGCCAUCAUCGGCAGGGCCAAGGAGUAACCCCGGCCCGCCCCCCCCCCCCGCUCGGGACCC